GAAUUGCAGAGGUACCGGAGUCCACGCUCGUUGUCCAUGAACGGCUGCGAGGGGGACCCCGCGGCCCCCAUCGGCACCGCCGAGACCCGCAGCUUCCCCGCCGUGGCCACCCCGGGCCUCGCCGCCGACCGCCUUGGCUCCGCCGUCGCCGCCCUCAAGGCGAGCCCGCCGGGCGCCGGCUCCGGCAUUAUCCGCCUCCAGGUGCCGAUCCACGAGAAGAUCGAGGCGAUCGACUGGCUCCACUCCCAGCGGCAGCUCCUCCCCCGCUGCUUCUUCUCCGGCCGGAGCGGCGGCGGCGGCUCCGACUGCUCCCUCGAGCCGCCGCCCGUCGCCGGCGGCAACGGCAACGGCAGCGGCAACGGCAGCGGGCGCCUCCGCCGCCGGGCGGAGCACAGGCUGGUCAGCGUCGCCGGCGUCGGAUCCGCGGUGUUCUUCCGCCGCGUCCGCCCCUUCUCCUACGAGGAUUGGCUGUCCAUCAAAAGGUUCCUCUCUACAAUGCCCUUGAUCCGUGCUUAUGGAGCGAUUCGCUUCGAUGCGAGAUCGAACGUGUCGCCUGAGUGGGAGGCUUUUGGUUCAUUCUAUUUUAUUGUUCCUCAGGUUGAGUUUGAUGAGCUCGAAGAGAGCUCUAUGCUUGCAGCUACUAUUGCAUGGGACGAUGCUCUUUCUUGGACUUGGGAAAAGGCCAUAAAUUCAUUGAAGCUACGAAUUUUGUAGAUAUCGUCACUUGUGAUGAAGUUAAGAAAGGAAGUGCCUAAAGCAUUCAUCUUAAGUAGUAAUCACAUUCCCAGCAAGAACUACUGGGAUCUUGCAGUGAACAGAGCUUUGCAGAUGAUUAAUGGUGAUGACUCUGCCCUCAUUAAGGUUGUGCUAGCACGAAGCAGCAGAUUCCUUACUGCUACAGACAUUGAUCCUAUCACAUGGCUUGCUUGUUUACAGAUUGAAGGGGAAAAUGCUUAUCAGUUUUGUCUUCAGCCGCCUAAUGCUCCAGCAUUCAUUGGAAACACGCCAGAGCAACUAUUUCAUAGAACCUGGCUUAGUAUCAGCAGUGAGGCUUUGGCUGGAACACGUGCUAGAGGUGAAUCAGUGGCUUCGGAUCUCCAAAUAGAACUUGACUUGCUUUCAAGUCCAAAGGACCAUCUGGAAUUUACUAUAGUGCGGGAGAGCAUAAGAAGAAAAUUAGAGGCUGUAUGUAGUGGAGUAGUCGUAGAACCAAGAAAAGCAAUUCGCAAACUUUCUAGAGUUCAGCAUCUACAUGCUGUUCUGGCUGGUACAUUGAGAAGUGAAGAUGAUGAGUAUGACCUUCUGUCUUCUCUCCACCCGAGUCCAGCAGUUUGUGGAUUUCCAACAGAAGAAGCAAGGCUUUUAAUUGCUGAAACUGAGGUAUUUGACCGAGGAAUGUAUGCUGGACCUGUGGGCUGGUUUGGAGGAGGAGAGAGUGAGUUUGCUGUUGGUAUUAGGUCAGCUUUGGUUGGAAAGGGUCUUGGUGCUUUAAUUUAUGCUGGGACCGGGAUAGUGGAAGGAAGUGAUCCAUCUUCCGAAUGGGAUGAACUGGAAAUCAAGAUAUCUCAGUUCAUGAAAUUGCUCAAACUUGAAGUGCCUUCACGACAAGAGUUGAUGACUUAAGGAUAAGCAUACUUAAAGAUGAAGGCGCCUGCAAAGUGCAUGAGUCUGGUUACUAAUGUCACUGGCUCUGCUCAAAUUGCAUCCUUUUCAAUCACAUUUCCAGUUGGACUUCCAGAUUCAGCAAAGAAAGUUCCAUUUGAUGUUAGGUCUUACUUGGAUCUCCAUACAACCACACACACUUUCUGGUGUAUAGUUCCUCUUGGUCACCCAAAUAAGAGACGUAAUCGGCAUUCCAAAUUUAUUCAUUUAGUGUCAAGCAUUUCUUUUGUGCAGAAAACUGAAAUCACAUAAAUGUACAGGCAUGCAGUGUCUGACAUUGUCUUUAUGUAUGCUUAUUCAUUUUUUCAUUCUUAGUUGAUUUCUAGGAGAUGAUUGAAGGAAUAGUAUUACAGCCUUGCAAUCCGGAUUUGGAGGGCAA